CCAUGUUUACCGUCAAAACAUUAUGUCCUCGAAAGAUCCAUUUACAGGGACUCUGACGGUUUCUCCUGAAAAGAACAACGUAUAUUCUCAAGUUCCUACCGAAAAGCCUUUUCAUUACACGUACCUGAAAGAGUUUCGAGUUGAUCAAUGUCAACUGUUUCUUCAACACAAAUGCACACAGCACAGGCCUUUCACUUGCUUUCAUUGGCAUUUUAUGAACCAACGAAGACGUCGUCCAAAGAAAAAGAGAGAUGGUGUGUUCAAUUAUAAUCCAGACGUGUACUGUACGCAGUACGACGAGACGACUGGCAUGUGUCCUGCAGGAGACGAUUGUCCGUAUUUACAUCGAGUUGCAGGCGACGUUGAGAGACGCUAUCAUCUACGUUACUACAAGACAGCGACUUGCGUGCAUGAAACUGAUUCUAGGGGAUUUUGUGUUAAAAAUGGACCACAUUGUGCUUUUGCACAUGGCCCUCAUGAUAUAAGACAGCCUGUGUAUGAUGUGCGGGAACUACAGGCUAUGGAAAGAGACGAUACACCGAGCGAGUUGAGUUUACUGACAACAGACAGUAAAGUCCAACUUGAAGAUCCAAUAUGGCAAGACACAAGUUAUGUACUAGCUCAUUACAAGACAGAACCAUGCAAGACCCCUCGACUUUGUCGUCAAGGUUAUGCCUGUCCGCAUUUUCAUAAUCCUAGAGAUUGUCGAAGGAGUCCACGAAAGUACCGAUACAGAUCAACGCCAUGUCCGAGUAAACAUGGUGAUGAAUGGGGAGAUCCUGGAAACUGUGAAAAUGGUGACAACUGUCAGUAUUGUCAUACUAGAACUGAGCAACAGUUUCAUCCCGAGAUCUAUAAAUCAACCAAAUGCAAUGAUAUGCAACAGACAGGUUAUUGUCCAAGAGGACCUUUUUGUGCAUUUGCCCAUGUCGAACAGGAGUUUUCUGUUUUAAAUGAAAAUGGUUUUAACCAGUUUGGUCAAAACAUAUCUCAAGCAAUUCCUGUUAGUCAAACUACACAUGUGGCAGUUCCACCAGCAAAAACCUCCAGAUCCUUGUCAAUGUCCUCAAACUAUUCAGGAGAGAUAUCAUUGGCUGGGAGUUAUCCUAAGGCACCUGGAUCCGAACGAUCUGAAUCUAGAAGUGGUUCCAGAGAGGUUGAUGACUUAACUCAACUUAGAAGUAAAAUUGCUGCAAUCGAAAACGAUCCUAAUUUGGAUGACUCUGAGAAGGCUCGCCGAAGACAGUCUCUGCUGUCGGCAACUCGUGGUGCUUUAUCGUCGUCAUCAUCGGCUGGAUCAGUUCCUUCCACUCCAGUUUCAUUGGUAUCAGUGAGUGCAAUCCCAUUUUAUCCAGCUGUUGACACAGUGGAGUCCGUAGUCGAGAAAGCGUUAGAUGAACUACAUUUCAAUGACUUUGAUGUCUCCGAGUUGGAGAAAGAAUUAAACGGUACCGAUGUCUUCUCGAAUACAUAUCAAGGUUUAUCUAUCAAUCCAAUGGGUUGUACUCCUCCGUUGUCUAUUCCUGGAAGUAUCUCGGAGCCAUCUCCACAGCACUCGUUCACUCCUCAAUCACCGUGCUCUCCAAGAGACCAAUUCUCUCCAUUUUCAAAGACAAGCCAUCCGUACCGUAGUAGCCCUACAAUGAGGUCGUAUCCUACAGGAUUACUUGGUGAAUCUUUUGGAAGUUCUUUCUCAUCUCCUAAGCAACAACCCUCGCCACAACUCAACUCCCCGCUUGCGCACUCCGGCAGCCAGGCAGACAUCGAAAAGCUGUCGCAACAGCUCGCAUCUGCGCAUGCGAAACUUGCGUCAUGGGAACAGGCGUGGAGUCAAGCACGUCAAGCGUGCGAGGCCUGGAAAAAGGAAGCUGAGGAUUCAGAAAUUCGCGCGAAGAAAGUGGAACAAGAAAGAUUAGAACUAGCUAUUGAACUAGAAAAGGUAGCGUCUACUGGUAGAGAUAACAGUGCUGUGACGGGGAAACUAUCCUACCUUGAUAUUUUAACGAAAUCAACAGAAGACAUUAAAAAAGAGUCUCUCGUUGUACUCAAACAAAUACAGCAACAGUUGCAAAAAGACUGUGAAAAAAUAAAUAGGAUAAUAUACUGUCGUGAGCGUUUCACAUGCGUUGUUUGUCAGUUGCAAGAAAUAUGUGUGGUAACUACUUCAUGUAAUCAUUGUGUUAUGUGCGAGAACUGUUCUGUUUCUUUAUCGGAGUGCCCGAAGUGCCAUGCGCAAAUUACACAAAAAAUUAAAAUUGAUUUAGGAUAGUAAGAUGUUAUAGACAGGGGUCUGAUUUUGCUGUAUUUGUUUACCAUAAAUCGUUACGAUCUCAUAGCUAUUCAAACUUUUCAACUCUUUCCAAUUUAAAACCUCCUUGUUGUUGUGUUAUGAACAAACAAACAAAUAUGUAAAAUCAGAUCCCAAUAU